GUCAUUGAGGUUAGGUGGUGCGAGCAAUACGGAAGUCACGUUCGAACGUGUGUUGAAGUUGUCGAUGUAAAUUUGUAAAACGAGGUGCACUUAACACAACACUUGCACUGGAUAGGAUCGUGAAUUGACAAUUUUUCUCACAAAGAAAAUGCAGAAUAUUCGUCAAUGUGUAAAGUAUCUGGCGUUAUGUGGUAAAUCUGUCGUGAAUAAGACUGAUAUCAUACCAAAUGCAGCAAAGGUAACUAAUUUUAUACCAACAUGCAGUUUACAUCUUUCUUCUGCAAUAUGCAACAAAGGCGCAAUAAAACAUGAGGCCCCGACUGGAUUUCUUCGAUAUAAUGAGACUAUUUUCCCACCACAAAAACCUGGUGAAGAAAGAAGACCUGCUUAUGUAUGUCAUAUGAAGGCUAAUAUUAAGUACAGUAUCAAAAAUAUGUGGUAUAUCGCUUGUUUUGUAAGAGGCAUGUCAGUGGAUGAAGCUGUGAAACAGUUGAGCUUUAUACCCAAAAAAGGUGCUGCGAUUGCAAAGGAAGUUAUUUUAGAAGCUCAACGCUUAGCUGUGGAGGAACAUAAUGUAGAAUAUAAGAGCAAUUUGUGGGUCGCCGAGUCCUUUGCGACCAAAGGUGUGGUGAUAAAAGGUAUACGGCGCCACGCUAGAAUGCGCAUAGGAACCAUCCACUACAGACAUUGCCACUAUUUCGUACGCUUAGAAGAAGGACCACCUCCUAAACAUUAUUACCUGCCACAUCCUAAGAGCGGCGAGGAAUUGUUGGAGGACUGGUUAAAGAUGAUGCAUACUCGCAAAGUAGUGAAUUCUUUGUAAUUAAUGGUAUGUGGAAAUUAAUACACAAAGAUACGAAUAAAUAUGACAACGAG